CUUAUUGCUCGCAAACUAUGCGUCGCAUCUAUAGUUGGCCAAACAAUUGAGAGCGCGAGGAUUACAGCAGCUAGUCAGGACACAACACAGGCCUUUCUUGAGCUGUUUGAGCGGACAAGAAUCAAAGUAACCAUGUGGCUCAGAUCACAGGAUAGGCUUUGUGCUAUCUGUAGCGACGGAGUGACGGCUCAUCUGCCAAGGGCGAGUUUGUUUGCUACAGCCCACCACCACCACGAGAGGUUACGCAUAGAUGAAGUUCCCCUGAAGACAUGA